AUGACCGGCGCCCCGGCACGGCGGUAUCACCACCGCUCACCAUUGUUUGUACCACCGCCGCAGCUGGGCGCGAUCAUCUCGUCGUCGCACAGAUCACGGGGAAACGCCGCGACCACGACCGUUGGGCGCGGACGGGCCGGCGUGAGCGCUUCGUCACCGCCGUCGUAUAUUGUCACCGACGCCGCCCGCGCCCGCUCCUCCGCUCCCGUCCCGUUUCCCGGUUCGCCCGCAGACUCUUCCGCUGCACCGGACACUCAACUUCCGGUGGCCGCAGACGCCUUCAGUGAGUGCGAGACUCAGGUGCAGGUGGUAUCGUAUGCUGUGGUCCUGACCUGCAAACCAAUAGAUACAUCGUCAAUAAGCAGCGUAUGUGUAGGUGAACCGAGUGGUAACGUCUUAACCGAGUUUCGUAAUAUUAUUAUGCGUAAGGCCGGUUCACGGCAACCCGAAGUCGUUUGUGGCCAUGUCGUGUGCAAAAGUUGA